CUUAAAUACUCGUUUUAUUUUACAGACAGUAGAUUGUGCUAAACUGUGAAGUGAAAGGUUGAUUGCGCCAUCACAAGCUAGUAAACCAAGGAGAGAUUAAGAAGAGACUCUUUGUAAAAAGCACAGCGCAAAACGCUGGAGGAAUACCUGAGAUCCCAGAAGGAAGAGACAUGAAUUUAAAUGACUUUGUGGUGCUUCCUAACAACAAGGCCAAAUCCGUCAAACUUAAUGCCAGGAACCUGCAAGAACUGCAGAUGGAGACUGUGACUCUGGCCCAGGAGAGCAAAGAGAUGGAGGAGAAACUGCAACAGCUGAAAGAGAGCAUGAGUAAAGAGAAGGAGGAGAGAGGGCAUUCAGGAGGGUUUAGAUGGAAGUCUGGACAAUGUGGCAAUGCUCUAACAAACAGCACCAAGAGGAACAAAGAGAACCGACUCCAAAAGCUGUCAGCAGGCAAGGUAAAGAUUCGAGUACUGAGGGAUGAACCACUGACAGCCCCCACCUGCACCUCAGCCCCCUACCAUUGGUCUUCGGACGACAAGAAGAAACAGGCUGAGGGGAACACUCUGUGGACAGUGUGA